UUUUCUUUGCAUUUGUGUAAAUGAGGUGCCAGGCCUGAACUAUACAUGAGCAGCAACCCACACAGAGAUGGGUUAGUGUCGGCCUUGUUGGUUUCCCUUCAGAUCUCUUCCGCCUUCUACCGUUUUUGCAUCCUUGCAUGCUUGUUUUUUUGAAGUGAAGCUCUGAGAGGACGAGGGAAGAUUUUAUUUGUCUUCAAAAAGAAACUUUUCUGGCUCGAACAAAAAAAGGUAAGCAUUACAGGAACAAAAAUUAUGGUUUGUUAAAAAAAUAACAGAAUUGAUGGUUUUAACAGAACUCCUCUUGAUUUCUCUUGCUCCAUAAUUAAGAAAAAAAAUGAAAGAAAGAAAAUCUUUAAUAGAUUUAGAUCUUCAAUAAAAAAAUGCUAAAAUUUGCAAAGUUAAUCUUCAAAAUUAACUAAACCAUAAUUACUUGGAGGUGAUGAUAAACACUUAUUUGCUAAGAUUUAUUUUAUAUUAUAGACAAUAAAUUUGCUUUUGAGAAAUGAUGACGUCAGGUACAUACUUAUGCGAAAUGUGGAAAUGGGAGCUUUUUUGUCAUAAUUUAUACUAAAAAAAUGACUAAAAGUACCUAUCACGAGGUUUUUUCAGAAUCGUUUUUCAAAGUUAGCAGUGAAGGAAGGAAGUAGGGAGCUUGGUGGUUAAGAAUCACAUGUUUGUCAAUCAACUUUUAGAAUGAAGAUAGUUGUCUUUUGGGGGUUAGUGAUGACUACACUGCCUGCAGCAGCUGAAGUUUCCUUUGGACGUGUUGAUCAGAGAGUUACCUUGGAGUGUGGGAUCAGCACAAACCCAACAAUUCUGGAGUGGUUCUAUAAUGAAGAGCGAGUUUUGAGAGUUGAUCGCAAGGGGCUUAUCAAUAGAGCCCAAAGCAAUAUUGCACAGAGGUCUAAUACAAGAGGGUCAACUCUGGAAAUCAGCAAUUUGAAGAAGGAAGAUGCUGGGAAGUUUACCUGCAGAGCAGAUGGUGAAAGUGAAGAACAGUGGCUUUAUCUUGUCUCAGUUGUUGUUACACCCUCAGGUGUUCUCCAGGAGGGCAGUGAUGCUUCACUCCAGUGUGAGGUACACAGUUUGGACCAAAGAACUACAGUGAAGUGGCAGAGACCAGAUGGUUCCAUCAUCAAUGAUAAGACAGUAGAUCUCAAACCUGUAAAGACUUCACAUGGAGGAACCUGGACGUGUGAAGUGACCGCUGCAGGAGGAGAGUCAUUUACAACAUCUUUGACCUUCACUGUGAAACCUAAAGUUUCCUUUGGACGUGUUGAUCAGAGAGUUACCGUGGAGUGUGGGAUCAGCACGAACCCAACAGAUCUGGAGUGGUUCCAUAAUGAAAAGCGAGUUUUGAGAGUUGAUCGCAAGGGGUUUACCUCUAAAGCCCAAAGUAAUAUCGCACGGAGGUCUAAUACAAGAGGGUCAAAUCUGGAAAUCAACAAUUUGAAGAAGGAAGAUGCUGGGAAGUUUACCUGCAGAGCAAAUGGGAAAAGUGGAGAAAGGUGGCUUUAUCCUGUCUCAGUUGUCGUUACACCCUCAGGUGUUCUCCAGGAGGGCAGUGAUGCUUCACUCCAGUGUGAGGUACACAGUUUGGACCAAAGAACUACAGUGAAGUGGCAGAGACCAGAUGGUUUCUUCACCAAUAAUAAGACAGUAGAUCUCAAACCUGUAAAGACUUCACAUGGAGGAACCUGGACGUGUGAAGUGACCGCUGCAGGAGGAGAGUCAUUUACAACAUCUUUGACCAUCACUGUGAAACGUACGACCCUGCUGCUGAACUAUGAAGACAACAUUUGUAAAUUUACAAAGUGUGUUUCCAUUGUGAGUAAAAGUACUUUCUUUUCAGCAUCUACACCCACAACGACAAAGUCAUUUAUGAACCCAACCACAACGGAAAUGUUGACUGCAAUGCCUGCAGUGGCUAAAGUUUUCUUUGGACGUGUUGAUCAGAGAGUUACCUUGGAGUGUGGGAUCAGCACAAACCCAACAAUUCUGGAGUGGUUCCAUAAUGAAGAGCGAGUUUUGAGAGUUGAUCGCAAGGGGCUCAUCACUAAAGUCAAAAGCAAUAUUGCACAGAGGUCUAAUACAAGAGGGUCAAAUCUGGAAAUCAACAACUUGAAGAAGGAAGAUGCUGGGAAGUUUACUUGCAGAGCAGAUGGGAAAAGUGAAGAACACUGGCUUUAUCUUGUCUCAGUUGUUGUUACACCCUCAGGUGUUCUCCAGGAGGGCAGUGAUGCUUCACUCCAGUGUGAGGUACACAGUUUGGACCAAAGAACUACAGUGAAGUGGCAGAGACCAGAUGGUUUCUUCACCAAUAAUAAGACAGUAGAUCUCAAACCUGUAAAGACUUCACAUGGAGGAACCUGGAUGUGUGAAGUGACCGCUGAAGGAGGAGAGUCAUUUACAACAUCUUUGACCAUCACUGUGAAACCAUCUGCACCCACAACGACAAAGUCAUCCAUGAACCCGACCACAAAGGAAAUGUUGACUGCACUGCCUGCAGCGACUAAAAUUUCCUUUGGACGUGUUGAUCAGAGAGUUACCUUGGAGUGUGGGAUCAGCACAAACCCAACAAUUCUGGAGUGGUUCUAUAAUGAAGAGAAAGUUUUGAGAGUUGAUCGCAAGUGGCUCAUCACUAAAGUCCAAAGUAAUAUUGCACGGAGGUCUAAUACAAGAGGGUCAACUCUGGAAAUCUACAAUUUGAAGAAGGAAGAUGCUGGGAAGUUUACUUGCAGAGCAGAUGGGAAAAGUGAAGAACACUGGCUUUAUCUUGUCUCAGUUGUUGUUACACCCUCAGGUGUUCUCCAGGAGGGCAGUGAUGCUUCACUCCAGUGUGAGGUACACAGUUUGGACCAAAGAACUACAGUGAAGUGGCAGAGACCAGAUGGUUCCCUCUUCCAUGAUAAAACAGUAGAUCUCAAACCUGUACAGACUUCACAUGGAGGAACCUGGACGUGUGGAGUGACUGCUGAAGGAGGAGAGUCAUUUACAACAUCUUUGAUCAUCACUGUGAAACCAUCUGCACCCACAACGACAAAGUCAUCCAUGAACCCGACCACAAAGGAAAUGCUGAAUACACUGCCUGCAGUGGCUAAAGUUUUCUUUGGACGUGUUGAUCAGAGAGUUACCUUGGAGUGUGGGAUCAGCACGAACCCAACAAAUCUGGAGUGGCUCCAUAAUGAAGAGCGAUUUUUGAGAGUUGAUCGCAAGGGGCUUAUCAAUAGAGCCCAAAGUAAUAUUGCACGGAGGUCUAAUACAAGAGGGUCAAAUCUGGAAAUCAACAAUUUGAAGAAGGAAGAUGCUGGGAAGUUUACUUGCAGAGCAAAUUGGGAAAGAGAAGAACACUGGCUUUAUCUUGUCUCAGUUGUUGUUACACCCUCAGGUGUUCUCCAGGAGGGCAGUGAUGCUUCACUCCAGUGUGAGGUACACAGUUUGGACCAAAGAACUACAGUGAAGUGGCACAGACCAGAUGGUUCCCUCUUCUAUGAUAAAACAGUAGAUUUCAAACCUGAGGAGAGUCAUUUACAACAUCUUUGACCAUCACUGUGAAACCAUCUGGACCCACAACGACAAAGUCAUCCAUGAACCCGACCACAAAGGAAAUCAGACUUCAGUCAUGCGCCCCUCUGCCGCUGGGCCUCCACUGGUGGAUCUGGGUUGCUCUUGGAGCCAGCUAUCUGGUUUUGUCCGUUCUGAUCAUUUCUGUUGUUCUCAUGUACCAGAGGGUCAGGAGAAGAAAGAAAAUCCAGUCACAAAACGGCAGAAGCACACAGCGAGUGGAGUACAGCCUUGAGCAGCUUUCUGGGCUCAUGAAUCAGGCUACCAACCCAGGCUGGUGUUGAAUUCGGUCAUUCUCCUGUGGAUCCUUUGGAGCAUCACAAUUGUCUAAACUUUGCUAAUCAUUCACAUGUUAUUGAAGGACUCCUUCUUGAGCCUUUAGAGUCCGUUUGUUUUUUGUGAUAUCAAGUUGUCUGUGUUUAUGUUCCUCUGAUUAUGUCUUUUGUAAUUAAAUCCUUGGCUACA